AUGUUCGUUUUCAAAGUAAUUAAAUUGUUGUAUAUUAGAGUAUCUUCACUACAGUGCUACCAGUGCCUGAUCAACCCUCCACCGGGCCAUUACUACAAUACGACGAAGCGCCUAUGCGUUAAUUUCGAUCACUCCGACAAGUUCAUCGUGGACUGCCCCUACUCAACCAUGUGCAUGAAGCAGGAGUUUCAUCUUGAUAUACAAAAUGGAGUAAGAAUCAACGGUGUCUUACGGGACUGUGCACCACAGAAAAAUGAAUACCAAGACUAUAAAAACGGUAGAUGGUCGCCAAAGAUGGAGAUUCUAGAACCUUACCAAGAAGGUUGUGAGCAUGUUGACGAUAAAGGUGAAAGAAGUACACCUACGAGAUACUGCUACUGUAGAAAGGACUUAUGCAAUUCAUCACCAAACACAAGCCACGAGGGCUACACGGAUAUCAUGGGCGUGAUAGUAGUGUUCAAUUUAAUGAAAUACAUAAACAGUCUUAGAUAA